AUGGAGUUCAAGAGGCUCAGGCAAGACAUCUGUGUAGAUUCUAUUUCAUCCCUGAAAGAAAACAAGCAACCUGAAGGUUUGGAAUUAAAACAAGGCAAAGGGGAAGAUAGUGAUGUACUCAGUAUAAAUGCAGAUGCUUAUGACAGCGACAUAGAAGGCCCAUGCAACGAAGAAACAGCUGCUCCUGAGGCCCCAGAAAAUACAGUUCAAAGCGAAGCUGGUCAGAUAGAUGACCUGGAGAAAGACAUUGAGAAAAGUGUGAAUGAGAUUCUAGGACUGGCAGAGUCUAGUCCAAAGGAAUCCAAGGCAGCCACCCUGACUGUUCCUCCACCAGAAGAUGUUCAACCUUCUGCACAGCAGCUGGAGCUGCUAGAACUUGAGAUGAGGGCAAGAGCAAUUAAGGCCCUGAUGAAAGCUGGUGAUAUAAAAAAGCCAGCCUAGGUACUUACUUGAGUCUGAAUUUUAGGUGUGUUUGAACAAAGCCAUGUCAUAUAAUUUCUUAUCUGAAGUUUAUUUUGGUCUAAUAUUUCUCAUGUAACCCUUAUAAGGUAAAAUCAUCUUAGGCCUAAAAUACCUUUGGUUGUUUUUGAUUGCUUUGAUAUUAUAGAUGUGUGUUAUUGUCUUAUGAAUUCAUGGCAAAUAUAGUUGGAUAGCCUGGAUAAUUUGUUUAAUGAGUAUUUAGCUAUAUCUGCAAACUAAUGUCUUAAAAGCCAUUAGCAAAGAAUCAUGGUAUUUUUUUCUUUAUUUUUAAAUGUUUUGGCACCAAACUUAAAAGCUUAAGAAAGAUUGACCAAGCAUGUUUCUCUUAAGGCUACCUGUAUUUUGUGAUAGAAAUAUUAAAUUGUUGCUCCGAGAUUUGUUAACAAUUUAAGAUAUUUAAUUUUGCUUAUGUGCACUUUUAAAAUAUGUACUGUUUUGAAGACGCCUUGUAUGGGUGUACUUCCUAGUUAAAACUGAGUAACAGUUUUUGUUGUAAGACGUAGAGAUCUGAAAUGGCCGAGAAAAACUUUUUUUUUUUAUAAAAGAAGAAAAGGACUUAAUUUAAGGCAAUUUUUAACAACGUAGAACUAAUUGCCUUGUUUAUUAAUUCAAGCAGACAAGCCAUUCUAACAGGUAUUUGAUACUAUUGGAGAUUUUAAGUUUUUUUUUUUUUGGUAAUAAACAAAUUUUCAUUUACAUUCCAAGCUAUCAGAAAAAGGAGAGUAUUUUAUUGUAUAGGAUUUUGUCUGGUGUUGUUGCUUAAAGAUCUCAUGUGCUAUAAUUCCAUGAAUCACAAAUAAUAAAAGACCAUAUAAUUCUGGAUCUGAAGACUUUUGAUACUUUUCCAAAAACCAAAUUAAUUUCAAGAACCUUUGAUAAGUUGAUGUUAUAAUUAAUCUAAUUUUGUAUAGUUUUUGUAAAUAAAGUAACAUCCUAUUACAAUUACA